UCUGGGUUUUCACAGGUGAGGAACGGUCACAUAAAGAGAGUCCCGGACAAUGACAUACAUUCGAAUGUGCUGGAGAUUGAGGGAGCAAAUGUCAGCACCACCUACAUAACAUGCCCUGCAGACCCCAAGAAGACCCUGGGAAUCAAACUUCCCUUUUUGGUCAUGAUCAUUAAGAACCUCAAGAAGUAUUUCACCUUUGAGGUCCAGGUUCUGGACGAUAAAAACGUUCGCCGGCGGUUUCGAGCGAGUAACUAUCAGAGCACGACGAGGGUGAAGCCCUUCAUCUGCACCAUGCCCAUGAGGCUCGAUGACGGCUGGAACCAGAUUCAGUUCAACCUGUCCGACUUCACCAGGAGGGCUUAUGGAACCAAUUACACAGAGACGCUACGUGUACAGAUUCAUGCUAACUGUCGGAUAAGGAGGGUGUAUUUCUCCGACAGACUGUACUCUGAGGAUGAGCUUCCAGCUGAGUUUAAACUCUACCUGCCUGUCCAGAAUCAGAAGGCCAAGCAGUAGAGCUUCUUGCGGUGUGCAGCCCCCCCCGAUGUGACUUGGAGUUUUAGUUGUGACAACAUUAUGCAGAUUCAGUGUGACAUUUAGUUUUGACUUUUUUGUGAGUCUCUGCACAUUCAAGUCUGGUCUGAUGUUUCCUUGCACUGCUUUAAAAAGAUAUCCAAAAGAUCCAUUAUCUGGGGUUUUUCCAGUUUGCCACCAUCCUGUGCAUCCUAAACAGUGUUUAUGAAUGUUGACCACCUUAUGCCCUCGUCUAUAUUUCCUUCUGACACAAUGCAGAAUCCCUUUAUUUUUUUCCCUUGUACUACAGGUAUGAAUAUCAGCAGAAAGACUUAGUUUCAAUAAAUUGUUGUUGCUAUUAAAGCUAUAACACUUGACAGGAACAAAAUAUAAUCUUUACCUCUGGUCAUUUAAACAAAUAAGAUCCUGACACUUGCUUCUAUCUGAUUUUAAUCCUGUUAUUUUACAUGUCAGUAGUUUUAUAUUUGCUAAAAGGUUUCUCAGAUUUGGCUCUCUAUUAUAGAAAUAUGUUUAGAUGCUGUGAUGAUUGUGACAUUUAUUUCGAUUAGGCUAACUACUUCUAGCCCAAUUCCAUAACCACACCUGUUCAUUUACAAUAUUAAUAAUUCUAAUAUUAGAUUUUGUAUGGUUACGGUGGUUUCUUCACAAAAUAAAUAUCUAUAAAACAGAAUGUGUGCUUAGAUAAAAGCCUUUAUGUGAACAUUAUCAAGCUCUAGUCUGUUUGUCUUAGGCAGGCUUUUUCUGCUUGAUCUGCUUGAUCUGCUUCCUCUGUGUUUUAUUCAGGUGUAUUUAUUACCUAUGCUGUUUAUUACCAGGUUGUAAUAAAGUUUUUUGGGAAAAAAAAA